UUCAAAUGAGAAUUAGAUUACACUUAAGACUUUUUACUUUUUGUAAAAUACUUCUAAAUAAUAAUAGGUACCUAGUUUUAUUAAUUAUUUUAGAAGACAAGAUUAAGAUUACUAUUUAGGUAUACUGUUUAAAUUUACAACUUUAUAUUAUAAUAUUAUCAUGCCUCCCAAGAAAAAACCUGCAGCUUCCGGUCCUAAGUCCGGUGGUUCCAAAGGAUCUAAAACAAGUGAUGACGGUGGCAAGACUAAAGAAACGAAAGGUGGAAGUGCUGUAAAAGUAAGACAUAUUCUUUGUGAAAAACAAUCAAAAGUUUUGGAAGCAUUAGAAAAAUUACAAGCUGGAGGAAAAUUUAAUGAAAUUGCAGCACAAUAUAGUGAAGAUAAAGCAAGGAGUGGAGGCGACCUAGGUUGGAUGAUACGCGGUUCAAUGGUUGGUGCUUUUCAAGAUGCUGCAUUUGCCUUACCCAUAUCUAGUUUGUCUAGUCCAGUAUACACCAAUCCGCCAGUUAAAACCAAAUUUGGCUAUCACAUUAUAAUGGUUGAAGGAAAAAAAUGAUUAUUUAAACAACUGCACUAACUGUAUUAAAAUAAUUGUUUUUAUUAUAAUUCUACUCGCCUAAGCAUAAAAUUUCACCAAUAAAAUAUUAUGUAUUUGUGAUAUUAAUAA